UUCUGAAUUUCAGCUUUCACUUCUAGCUCUGACUUUUACUAUGAUGUUCGCCGAGGGGAAAAAAACUCUGAUUUCCGUUCGAAUUUCACUGAGCUUUGCGCGUGCGCCAUGACCUAUCUGCAGGGGGUGCAGAAACGCUUCUGCGCCUGCGCCCAGGAUUCUUAGUUGGCACUGAGAGAAUCGCUGGGACCCGAGGGAAGCAUGUCUGCCCCAUUUGAGGAGAGAAGUGGGGUGGUGCCUUGUGGGACGCCCUGGGGCCAAUGGUACCAAACCCUAGAGGAAGUAUUUAUCGAAGUCCAGGUACCACCGGGCACUCGUGCUCAGGAAAUCCAGUGCGGCCUGCAGAGUCGCCAUGUGGAGCUAGCUGUGCGGGGCCAGGAGAUUCUUAAGGGCAAACUCUUUGAUUCUACAAUAGCUGAUGAGGGAACGUGGACAUUAGAGGACAGAAAAAUGGUUCGAAUAGUUCUUACCAAGACAAAGAGAGACGCAGCAAAUUGUUGGACCUCUCUUUUAGAAACUGAAUAUGCAGCUGAUCCUUGGGUACAGGACCAAAUGCAAAGGAAACUUACCCUAGAGAGAUUUCAAAAAGAAAACCCUGGUUUUGACUUCAGUGGAGCAGAAAUCUCCGGAAACUACAGUAAAGGUGGACCAGAUUUCUCUAGUCUUGAAAAAUAAAAACUGCCAUUUUUAACUAUGUUCCAUGGAGCCUAGGAAGAUGUUGCCAAUGAAAAAAGGAUUGGAUUAUGUGAUAGAAGAAAAUUUCACUUGCCUUUACAACUGAAUGAGAAUUGUAAAAAAACAAAACAUUUAAAUAGGACUUCAAAGAAUACAUUCAAAAUGUAGUUUUCAUAGAAACAUUCUGAAUCUCAAUGGAAACUUUUCUGGAGAAAUGGUCUUUUUUUUGGACUUAUUUUGCUCUGCAGGACAUUUUAAAAACAGGUCUUGAACUCUUAAGCAGUGGGCCAUAAUCAUGUGAAACUCAAGUGUGCCUUCAGGGGAAAUUUUAAGUUUUUUUUUUUUUUUUAAACUGUAAUUCAGAAUAACUGUCAAUAAAGCUUUCUAAUUUCAUUGUAGAUUUUACUCACCAAUUUUAGAGUACCAAAGGGAAAUAACUUGCCUUAGUGAAACAGUCCAACAAUGAUGGAAAAAUAAAGGAUGAUUCUUAAACUGGCAUAAUAGUCCUAUGAAACCUAGUUCUCUUUUGGUUUCAGUUAAAUUAAAUGCCUUAUAUUACUGAACUCUUUUUUUAUGGUCAUGAGGGAAAUGGGAUUAGAAUAAAAUAAAAACAAAAAUGUAAACAAAGGAUCUUUCUCAUAAACCUAAAUUUAACCCAUUUAAAAAAAAUCUUAGCAAUGAUUAAUUCCCCCUGAAUUGUCACAGUAAUCCACUAAAAGGCUUAUUGAAGUGAGAUACCCUAUGUAAGCAAAGAAUAUAAUUUUAUUAUUUCUUCAAUAGUCACUAUGUAACAAAUGGAUUGCUGAUAUUUCUUCUAGUAAAACUAAUAUCAAGUAUUUGGAUGUAACUGAUUAUUUGGAAAAUAAAAAAAUCAACAGAAGCCAAGGAUAGUUUCCAAUCCUUCAAGCUGCCAAUCUGUACAUGCUCAGUAAGCAGGACUGAGACCUAAUCUAAUUUUUACUAGUUAUUUACUAAUGAUCUACAGUGAUCUUCUUGGCAGGGAAUAAAUUAAGUGUCCAAUGUAGAAAUCCAAAUUUCAUAUUCUCUAGGACUUAUUUUACCCAAGCAAGUUAUAUACACAAAGAAAGGUAGAUAACCUAGCAAGUUUCUUUUGUAAUCAUAAAAGAUUUUAUACAUUUGAUUUCCCCCCCAAAGAUCCAAUAACCUCCAUUGGAUUGCUAAAACAUUCAUGACACAAAAAAGAUUAAGAAUUCCUUACUCCAUUGUGGAGUUAGGAUACACGUUUUUACUCUUUGUUAUAAGGACUCUAAGGGUUGUCACAUACUUUUACUUCCUAUCUCCACAGAUCAGAAGUAUGAACAUUUAAGUGGAAAUUAUAGAAUGAAAAAUUUUAUCUUGUAAGAAAAUAAAGCUGCCUAAAGGUAAAAUAGGCUAUUUCAUUUUGGGUAACCUUUUCUAAAGGUCCUUCUAAACAGGGCAUAUAUAAAAAGAGUCUUCAAAAAUAUAAGUUGGAUUAGAUUUCUAAGGUACUUUAAAAAUUUCAUUGUGAAUUACUUACCUGUAGUCACAUAGUCUCACAGAGCUUAGAAUAACAGUCAAGAUUUUCUAACCCUCAGGUCUAUGUCGGGUAGCUUUAUUUUGUUCGUUAGUAUAUACCUAAUUGGCAAUUUGGAGAUAAUUUUAACUAUAUACCACACAUUCCAGACAAUGCAUUUCAAUAGUUUUAUUGAAAGGUCAUUUUCUUAGUACCAGAACAUAAUGGUACUUUGUUAGGUUACUUCAGCCAACUUUAGUUUGCAUUGAUGAAUUAGAAAGGAAAUUCUUCAAUGAAUCAUGUGUUUAGGAGUAACUGAAGAGUGCAUCUGCAAAAUGCUUUACAAAACGAAGCAUAAGACAUGAGACAUACUGUGUGUUUCUUUGGUUUCUUUUUAAAGGUCUCCCCCCCCCCUCCCCCAGUUUUGAUUUUUCCACAACAUGAUGUCAAAGGGAAAUUGGAACUAGUUAGAGCUAUUGUGGAAGUUAAGUUAUAUAUUGCACUGAUUAUAUGCUUUCCCAACCCUAUAUAUAUAUAUGUUAAUUUAGUUUCAUUAACCUACAACUAGCCUUAAAUGCUCCAACUACCACAUAAUUUGUCUAUUAAAUUGCUACUUAUUUGAAUCUGGAUAGACAACUCACUUUAGUCUAAGUUGAACUGUUACAGGAGCAUUAUAACUAUAGCAUACCCCUUAUGUAUUGCUUCUAAAAACAAAGCUCUAUACUAACAAUUCAGUUUUAUACCAACAAUAAUCCUUAUUUAAAAGUUCUGGAGUGUUAGUGUUAGCAUACAUUGCUUUAGAAGGGCUCAGCUGAGGUUUCAGAUUGGUAGACUGAGUUGCUUUUAUACUAAAUUUUUUUUCCUUAGGGGCUA